AUGUGGGACAUUACAGAGCCUUUCAAGUCCUCUCAGGCUGAUGAAGCAGUAGAAGGUGAAGAGGCUGUGAUGUAUCUGACAAGGUGCCGCAAGGGGCUGGCAGUGAACGUGUGUGCCCGUGCCAUCUUCUUCUGCAAACUUCUCCGUGACCUCAGGCAGAGUGGGAGUGAGAAGGGUUUGACCACUUUGUUGGGGAACAGCCGCAGCCGCAGCCUGAAGGUUGGGAUUGCUGGCAGGGGCCACCUUGGCUCGAGGCUCCUGAUGCUGAGCUAGGCUCUGAGCCCCAGCAUCUGUGUUUCCACCAGGCACCCUGAGAGUCUAGCAGACCUGCAGAAGCAGGGGCUCAUGUGCUUUUACGACAAUGCUCAGCUGGUGGCCUGAGCAGAUGUUGCGUUCCUCUGCUGCCUCCCAUCGCACAUGCUGUCCAUCUGCUCUGUUCUUCAGCCUGCCAUCCAGACCUGCACUGUGUGUAGCCUUGUCACCACUGUCCCUCUCUUCAGGUUGAAGCAACUCCUUUGCGACAGUGCCAUCGUGAGGUCGCAGUACCGGUGCUCUGGCCAAGAGCCCAUCGACGAGUCGGGGGCGAAGGGGACAAUCCCGGCGGCGCUGCGAGACCCUGCAGCUGUGCGGGCACUGCUCCCCUGCAGUCCCCCAGGGAAAAUAAGAGUCAAUGCUAAAUGGCUGGUGGCCAUUUUCUACACAGCCCUGAACAGCAGCACGUGGCAGAGCCUGCAUCACCACAAGGUACUGAAAUUACUCAAUGACCUCUGUUUUCCUGAACGCUGCCCCAUCUGUGCAGGGCAGAAAACUUCCUGCCCACGGUUUGUGUACAAGAGUUUUGUCAGCAGAGGUUUUGGCUCUUCAGUGACUCAAGAGGAAACCUUUCCCUGGUUUGACCUGACAGCUGCACAACCGAGAGAGUCUCCCUUUACCCAGCCCAGAAAGAGUGAGCUUGUCUGGUGCCAUCUUGCUCUACCGUACCAGGCAUCCUUUGGAGGGUGGCUUACAAAGCAAUGUGGGCUGAUCAGCACCAAGAGAUCUCUUACUUCAGCUGUAGUGAAGCCUGGUGUGACAUUGGAUGACAAGUCUCCAUUCUCCGCAGCUGCUUCCGACAUGUUCUUAGAAACCCCAGAGGAAACUGCUGACUAUGAUUCUAAAUCCUCAUAA